CAUCAAUAAUAUUUGCUUUAGCCACCAAACAGGAGAAAGAUGUUAAGACUAAUGAUUAUUUAUAUGGUUUUAUUUGCAACUAUUGUGUUAUGCAUGGGUUCCAACAAAAUAGAUGGAGAAACAAACAUCGCACCGUGGGUAUACGAAAUCAAGUCAAGAUGUUGUAAAGAACAUCGAAGUCUCGGAAGAUGUCUUCCAGGGAUAGAUGAUAAUCCUGAUAAAAAUGGAAAAUGCUGGAAAUAUUGUGUUCAAGAAUGCAAAAGAGGUGGCUUUUGCAAACGUUUUGGAAAAAAACAUAUAUGUCAUUGUUGUUGUUCGGUUUCAUAGGCGUCAUAAAAAAAAAUAUAGUGGUCUAAUGUGUAACCGUUAUACUGUAAGACAUGAAAAUUUUAUAUAUUGGACUUUCUAGUUCGAAAAUAAACAUAUAAAUAAGUAUAUGUCUC